UGUUCAGUGCGUCACAGGACUUCACCUGAUCAUCAUCAGGUGUGUUCCUGUCACUAAGGUGCUUUUUGUUCCACCUGGAUUACCCAAAGGACAUAAAGGAGUAUGAAGAUGUCUUCGAAACAAAAGGUUCUGAUGCUGAAACUGCUGGAUUGCUGGAUUGCUGGAUUUUUUUGUACUCACCACCAGAUGGGAUAGCCUCCAAGCACCCGUGAGCUGGACAACCACACACACAUCAAAUAUCCAAUCAGAUACAAAUCCAUGAGGUGAAUGGAAAAUGCCAUGAGCCAGGGAUGUGUGUGUCAGACUCUACUGCCUGUAUGGCACCAACUCCAGCACAAAGUGAAAGAUGCUUAGAAGAGGAAGUCCUGGUCUUGGUAUUUCAUCCACUGAUAUCCAGAAGUAUGUGUGGAAUGGUCAACAAUGAGCUUUAAGCUUUUUGCAGGAAGAAGGAGGACUGAGGACUGAGGGGAGCUGUGCGAGCAGAGGAAGAAGAAGAAGAAGGAGGAGGGAGAUAAUUUGACAGAGCGACGCAGGGAGCAGAGGAACCGAAGAGGGGGGACGCAGAGCCACUCAGCGCCGCCGCUUUUACGCGUGCAGAAACCGGAGGAGCCCUGCUGACUUUCCCCCGCGUCAUUACCGCCUAAUGCCCUCACACCCAACCCGGAGCUGGUGUCCACGCUGCGUGGGGGUAAACCACCGAUUUCUGUGAGAUCUACGCUGGGUUGAAAGCUGCAAUCAAUGUAAAGAAACACUGCGGUGAAGACAACCCAACUGACUCCUACGGGCGGAGACAAGGCGGACCACACAACGCAGGAGGCCUGGGGAAAUCAUUAACGGCAUACAAACACAUGCAGCAUGACUGCUGCAUCCAAGAGGCAACAGGCCAACCGGAAAGACCUACACACAUCUUUGUGAGUUGAAAAAGAUUUGAUCCCACUCCAUCCUCUGCACCCCUGAGACCGACAUCCACCUGCAGCUCCGGCCCCUGGGCCCUUACACUUUUUACCUCAACUGGACCUCCAACAUCGUCCGGAUUUUUGCACCCUCAGCUACACCGCACCAACCUCAAAGCAACUAGACUACAUCUGAAGACUCCCUCCCCCCUCCUCCCAAAAAGCCCCCUGGGACGGGACCCUGUCAUGUUUCACUGACUGACCCCUCCCGACCAGCGAAUGACAAGUGUGCAUCCGAGGGUGGGGCUUGCCUCAGUCUCUCAUGAUUGGCUGCUGGAUGGAAUUAAGGUGAAUGGAACACGUUCCCAAGGAGCAGGACCCUAACCCAUCAGAGGGAGAAGACCAACGGUGGCUCAAUGGCCCGAAAAGGAAGAGAAAGAACAGCCAAUGUUCGGUGAAGAGUAUGACUGGGUACAUACCCAGCUACCUCGAAAAGGAUGAGCCAUGUGUGGUGUGUGGCGACAAGGCCACAGGCUACCACUACCGUUGCAUUACCUGCGAGGGCUGCAAGGGUUUCUUCCGUAGGACCAUUCAAAAGAACCUCCACCCGUCCUACUCCUGUAAGUACGAUGGCUGCUGCAUCAUCGACAAGAUCACCCGCAACCAGUGUCAGCUCUGCCGCUUCAAGAAGUGCAUCGCAGUCGGCAUGGCCAUGGACUUGGUGCUGGACGACUCAAAACGGGUGGCGAAACGGCGGCUUAUUGAGGAAAACAGAGAGCGACGUAAGAAGGAGGAAAUAGUGAAAACUCUCCAGAACCGUCCAGAGCCCGACACGUCCGAGUGGGAGGUGAUCCACCUGGUGACUGAGGCCCACCGGCACACCAACGCUCAGGGCUCCCAGUGGAAACAGAAACGCAAAUUCCUGCCAGACAAAAUCGGCCAGUCCCCGGUUGAGCCCACGUCAGACGGAGACAAGGUGGACCUCGAGGCCUUCAGCGAGUUCACCAAGAUCAUCACUCCUGCCAUCACCCGUGUGGUUGACUUUGCCAAAAAACUGCCCCUGUUCUCUGAGCUACCUUGUGAAGACCAGAUCAUCCUGCUGAAGGGCUGCUGCAUGGAGAUCAUGUCACUGCGAGCUGCCAUGCGCUAUGACCCGGAGAGUGAGACGCUAACGCUGAGCGGGGAAAUGGCUGUGAAGCGUGAGCAGCUGAAGAACGGUGGGCUGGGCGUGGUGUCGGACGCCAUCUUCGACCUGGGCAAGAGCCUGGCACAGUUCAACCUGGACGACACAGAAGUGGCGCUGCUGCAGGCCGUGCUGCUCAUGAGCUCAGACCGAUCCGGCCUGACCUGCAUGGACAAGAUCGAGAAAUGCCAGGAGACCUACCUGCUGGCGCUUGAGCACUACAUCAACUACCGUAAGCACAACAUUCCCCACUUCUGGCCCAAGCUCCUGAUGAAGGUGACUGACUUGCGGAUGAUCGGGGCGUGCCACGCCAGCCGCUUCCUUCACAUGAAAGUGGAGUGUCCCAAUGAACUCUUCCCACCGCUCUUCCUGGAGGUCUUCGAGGACCAGGAGGUGUGAAACAUGGUUGCCACCACUCAAAGGGAAGAGGAAAGCUGGGGCAAACUGGGAGAUGGGAAGGGCCAUCGUUUCUGUAGGGGAAGGAUGGAGGGAGAAUCCUCCUGGCGGGAAUCUGCGUUUCUCCAACAUCGCAAUUUUACAGUUGAUAGUUGACAAAAACUGGAACCAACAAUAACGGAAACAACACACCAGCAACAGGAGAGUCAAGCUAACAGAGGAUUUUUUUGGAACACCAUGUCCUCCACUUCUUUCUCCUUCUUUUUCUUACCCCUAUUUUGAAAUCCGAUUGGGGGCCCUUCUGUCUGAGCAUGAUGUCUUAUAUAGUCAAAGUUGUAGCCAUUUGCCAAGACACCUACACAAAUACACACAACACACACACACACACACACACACACACACACAUGCAACCACAGUUCCACCUCAGUUCUUCAGAGCAGCGCUCUUUGCAGGGGUCCGUUCCCCUCCUCUGGUUCUCUUUAGCGGUCACAGAUUUACACAGUUUGAAACCCUCCGUCCAGCGUUCAGACUGGUCAGCACCUCUCAGUAUUAUUUCUGAAUAAGUGUAACGCAGUGAUUCAGAAAAAACAUGGACAUGUUAAUGCUCACAGUUUUACAGGCACACACAAUCAGCAAAACACUGCACAUGGAAUUUUCAGCAGAUGCUUUUUUAGGCAUUACUCUGGUGUAUAAAGGCUUUAGUAAAGCAGAGCUACCAGACAUACGUCAUUAUCUAUAUUCCUCAACUCAAUCUGAGCCGUUACAGCUGUUUGUUGGAGCUUCUUCUACUUAGAUUCCAGUGAAAACCGGUGCUAUAUUUAUAAAAGCUACUCCAGUUUUAUGAUAAUGUGUUGUCUACCUUUGAAAAACCAUGGCUCCAUAUCUACCUUCAUUUGUGUCAUUGGACCGGCUCCUGUGACAUACCGUGUGGACACACACACACACACACACACACACUCUCAUACACACACUACACACACAUAUGAGCAGACUUUGCCUUGUCAUUGCCCCUGCUGCUUGUUCCAGCAGCAUAGCGUCUUAUGAAUGACAAUGAAGCCCUUCUCUCUCUGCAAGGAGUUACUGCAUUGAAGAAAGCGGGUGAAAAGGAGAAGAGUGUGGAGGAGGAAGGGAGGAACUUGGAAGGGGAGAGGAGGGAGGAGCAGAAUGAGAGAGAGGGGGAGAGAGGAAAUAAGAUUUAAUAUGCGGAUUGUAGAGUCAGAGCCAGGGGUCACGAGUAAAUCUCCCACACCCAGCCUCCGAGGAGGUUUUGAAUAGCAGGAACCACCAGCAAGACAGCAAAGCUCAGCGAACACAAACACACACGUUUUCUAUCUGUCUGUCUCUCUCUUUUUUAUUCUCUCUGUCUCACACACACACACACACACACACAAACAUAAACAUGAAAAUACACAACAUCACCUCAGAGUAACGUGAAUGCCUCAUUUUACUGUAUGCACUGCAUGGCAGUGACAAUAUAGAGCCCUAACCUGCAGGGUUUGUACAGAGUCCACUCCUCACGGACUCCACUCAGUGUGGCCCCUUCAGGCUUCCAUACACAUUUGCCUUUUUUGACCAUGGGCAUCAUUGAGAGCAGGCAAAUGCCAAGAAGGCUACCAUUUACCUCAAAAUGGACACACCCCCAGGCUGGGGCAGCAAUACUGCCCCUGUGGUGUCAGGCACUACCUCACCUCUGUGGACACAGAGCAGCUGCCCACAGCCUACACACAGACAUACACCAUUCAAGUUGGCGCAUGUGUAGAUUAACACACAGAUGUGCAUAAUUUUUUUUUGUGUAGGUGCACACUUGUAGUCGUGGAAAGACAGAAACACUCAUGGCAUACACACACACACACCCUCAGUGCUAUCACUUGGUUGAAUUGAAUUACCACUGAAGACAGGAGGGCCAGCCAUCCUCCUGGAUGGUUCUACCAGCUCCAGGAAAUGGUACCCAUCACAUUCGGGUUAUCUCUUUUUUUGUUAUACGGGACCAAGUGUCAUCUUUUGAGAUUUUUUUUGGAUUUACCUGUUUCUGUCCAAGCAGAAAUCGACUUACAGAAGCAGCAAAGAACAGUGGGGUUGUGCAGCCCAGCUGACGCCCAUCAAAGCAAGCAGCAAAGAGGAGAGAUAACAUGGAGUAACUAAAAACCCGUGGUGGCCACGUCCAUUGAAUUAGCAUGCACAGAAAGGACAAUCCCCUUCUGCAUCAUAGCGAUCUUCCACAGUACACACAUGAUGACUGCCAUCGGAUCUUGAUAAAUAUUCUCACGGAAAUAAGCUCGGACAGUGCAUUAGACGCAAAUAAGUGGAAUGUUCUCAACAGAAAAGGAGCCUCUUCAAAAAGGCAACUCCAAAAAAGCUCUUAUGGUCUCAUGCACUUUAACAAAGCUCACCACUAUUACAGUAACCUCUCACUGCAAACAUCCGUGGCAGAUAUCAUAGUGUGCUCGCCAAAUGACCAGUGAAGAAUGUUGAUUUGAUUAGAAAUGCCCACUCUGUUCAUUCCAAUUCUGGGGCCAAGCCAAAUCUAACUGGGUUUACCACUCCAACAAGAAGAGAACGAGAGGAAAGAGAGACUAAAGAGAUCUAUUUUAUACUCAAAGCCAAGCAGUAGUUCAUACUGGGCACUUGUACAGGAUGGGUGAUCUGAACCCCUCAGAAGAACCCAAGCAGAGGAACACGUGGCAGGGAUCACGGGUGAUCGUCGCAGAUGGCCAAGACUCACUGAAGCAGUUCUUGGCGGAGAGAGGAGCUGAUACGCCGUCUUUGGGCACAAUGGCAGAGGAGCAUCAUCGACCCUUCCAGAGAUCCACCACCAACCCUGACUGAACAGCCCCACCCUACCUUAAAAUGCCCUUCUUGGAGCCUAGCUCUGACUGAAUUGCACCCAAACCCCAAUUGAACAGCCCCCAUCCAGCCAGGCUGAAGGGAGCUUUUGCACUAUUGCAACUUUAACCCCCCCUUUCUAAUCAAAGUUAAACACUUUAUAUUGGAUUUACCAAUUAUUCCCCCUUCUAUACUAUGUAAACAAAGCAGAUUUGGAGUUUUGACUGCUCUGUGUAACAGAGGUCAGCAGUCGCAGUGGGCUCAGUCCCCAACCUGUCCUCAAUUGUCAGUAUUAGACCAUGAUGUGACCCAAGAAGGGGUGCAUAAAGACCCCUGCGUAAGAAAGUAGAGGGUCUGUGAAGCACUUAUUAAUACUCCCUUUAGUACUCCUUUCCCCAUCAUCCUUCCUAUAGCGGUGACAUUUCAAAUUCAAAGCCCUCCCCCAAAUCAUCAUCAUCCCCUCUCCUCUUCCCUGAGCACCCUAGCGAUCAUACCCACUUAUCCUUGAGUGGGUUGCCCCCAGUUUGGCCUUGAAUCACUGACAUCAAACGGGAUCCAGGCCUCUCCCUUGUGAGACAAGGCUGGCCAUAUUUGCCCUUUUCGAGUGGCGCCACCGGAUGAAUGUGAACAGCAGUAGCAGCAGCGGCGAUGGGAACGAAAGAUUUGAGCGCGAGAAUGUGAGGAUGCGAGAGACGAAGAAAGCAUGGGACAAGAAACACAUUUUAAAAAGCGGCGGGCCUCGGACCCCCUCGGUUGCCAUCAUCCACAUGGCCGAGAGAGGGUAACGUCGCCGGUUGUAGAGACAAUGCUAACAAACACUCGGACGAAGGGGAGACAGAGAUGCAGGAAUAUGUACAUUCUCCCCUUCAGCUCCCACAACAGCCCCCCGCGUUUGAGCCCAAACUCCCAUGCCAGCUGACAACCCCCAAAUGUCCCACCCUUCAGCUCCCCUCAAAAAGGAUAACCUCCAACUUUCACAAGGUGUGGGUCAGAAAGAGAGCCCACAUUCCAGAGAUGCAGGUUUGGAAUUCCAACACAACAUCUUUGAAAAAGAACUGAAAAAGAGAAAAAAACCUAUCGAUGUCCUUGUUCUCGUGAGCUGACUGGGUAUGUGUGUGUGACAGAAGGGGUUAUAAUGCUGCUUUACCUUCUGAGUCUGAUUUAGAUUAAGAAAAAAGAUAUAUGAAAUGAUUAUAAAUCCAUAAAACAAAAUGAAAAGAGAUGACUUUAAAAAAGACUCCUGAACAAAAUUAUCGGAGAUUUUUUUCAUUUUAUCAUUGUUUUUCUUAUUUUUUUCUGUUUUGUUUUUUGAUGCUUAAACUGCUCUGUGUACAAAAAAGGAAAAAAAAAAACAGCUGUAGUCACUUUUUGACCAUGCGUGCAGUGUAACAUAGAAAAUAUUUCACUUCUUUUUCACAUCUAUAGUUUGUGUUGAUAAGCCAACUGAUCUGUUUGUCUGUGUGUCUGUUCAGCUGUCCGUCCCCUUUUAUCAGGAGGAAUUUACAACCAACAAAAAACAGGAAUUUCUUUUUUUAUAUUUUGUUUUCUUUUUUAUGAAAUACGACUUUGGAGAAAAAAAAACAACCUAAACAGGAAAAAAAAUGCCACACAAACU